AUGACACAAUUAUGCCUGAUGGAGUAUCCGACCAUAAAGAACGCUCUUGUGUCCCUUGAGGGAUGGAACGGCGAAUAUCCCGCCCUCAGUGGCUCCCAAGUGAUCUUCACCUGUCCCGCAGGAUUCACCGAUGGGGCGACAGAGCACCAUGCCACAUGCUCUGAAACCCCUGACACGUGGUGCACUUCUUUCCUCGCCUCUGGCGCUCGAUGUCCAAAGUUUGUGUAUCCGGAAUGCCGGAAGACUGCGAAGGGAAAGGAAUACAUUGGGAAAAUGAAUAAGACGGAGAAUGGAAACGACUGCCUCCGAUGGGAUUCCAGGCCAUAUCCGACACCCAAAGAUUUCCAGUCAUUAUUGUCCUUUGAGGAACAUUUCCUCAAUGAGGAUCCCGGAUCUCACGAAAACUACUGCAAGAAUCCGGCUUUGAGAGAGAGGCCGUGGUGUUUCAUCUCGAACCCGGAUAUAAUAUGGGAAUUCUGCGACAUUCCCAUAUGCGAGGACCCGGGUGAGUUUAGUUUAGGUCCUGUUAGUUUACCCUACCGAAUUCAUUUUACGAUACUGUGGGAAUCAUCUGGGUACCCUAAAAUCACAGGCACUGAAUCUCCAGACAAUAUUGAUAUGUAA